AUGGUCUGGGGCCGCAAGAGCUGGCGGCGGACGCAGCCGGCGCCGCUGACGCCGCGGAGCGACGAGGAGUCCCCGCGGGACUUUGGGGGCAGCAACGAGGCCGAGUUCCAGGCGCGGCAGAAGGCGCGGGACGAGGCGCGGGAGAACCCGGAGUGGCGGCGGAAGAACGAGAUCCUCGCGCAGUUCGACGGGGACGACAGCAGCGACGACGACGAGGCCAUCCGGCGGAAUUUGAGGCAAGCGGACGCGCCGGACCGGCUCGAGCAGAGCGACGGCGGGGCGUCGCCGCGGGGCUCGCGGGGCGAGAUCCCGACCCUCGUGCGGUCCGCGUCGUCGAGCGACGCCCCGCUCCCGACCCUCGGCGACGGCGGCGGCCGCGCGGACGACGACGUCCUCGCGGAGGCCGCGCGGCUCGUCGAGGGCGAGGAGCCGCCGGCGCGGUCGCCGCCGAAGCAGGCGAACCUGGACCACGUGCCCGCGAGCUUCUACCCGCCGGCCAUCGAGCCCCUGGGCGUCGCGUCGCCGGAGAAGCCGCGGCCGCGCGACGAGCCGCGGGAGCCGCCGCCGCCGCGCGAGCCGGACACGCAGCGGUCGACCGUCGCCGAGGACCUCUGCAUCGUCGACAUGACGGAGACGGCCGACGACCUCGAGGCCGCGCUCUUCGGGUCGCCGGGACCGAGCCCGCGCGACGACGGCGGCGCGGGGAAGCCGCUGCCCGCGGAGCCCUACUGCGAGGCCAAGGAGGAGCUCCACGACCCCCUGAGCUUCGGCUGGCACGGCUCCGCGCGAACCAAGGCGCCGAGCCCGACCGCGGCGCGGCCGCCGCCGACGCCCGACGACCCGCUCAUGUCGUCGUCGCGGUCCUUCGACAGCCAGGCCGACAGCCAGGCCGACUCCGAGGGCGAGCCGAGGCGCAAGAGCAACUACGGGCGCAUCUUCGGCGGGUCGAACCCGGGCGACAAGCCCAAGGAGAAGCGCGGCUCCUUCUUCUCCUUCGGCCGGAAGAAGCGCGACGCGGCGGCCGGCGAGACGCCGCCCAAGGAGGACGGCGGCGACGGCGGCUCGCCGACGGGGUCGCCGGGGCCCCGGCCCAACGGCGCGAACCCGCGCGCGGCGCCGGGCAACUACGCCGCCAACAACUACUACUACUCGGACGAGGACGAGCUCACGCCGAACGUGACGUGCCGCAACGCGACCCUCGUCGUCACCGACCGCCGGCGGCCGGGCCUCGCGCUCCUGCCCGGCGGCCGCUGGAUCGUCAACGGCAGCGACGCGUACUGGAACGGCACGGACUGCGUCGUGCGCGCGUCGGCGUCGGAGGCCGCGCCCUUCGAGCUGCCCAUGGCCGUCGUCGGGCCGCUGAUCGGCGUGCUCGCCGCGGCCGCGGCCGUCGGCGUCGGCGUCUGCCUGCUGGAGCGGCGGCGGAAGCGGCUCCUGCGCGUCCACGGCGCGUCGCCCGCGAGCCUCACGGAGGACUCCAAGUCCUUCACCUGGCGCUUCCUCCUCGGCGUCCUCGACCUGCUGCAGUCGACGUGCUUCGACUGGUGCGGUUUGGUUUGCCCGCGGAGGCUCGACCGCAUCGAGUUCCUGUCGACGCGCUACAACGACUUCACGGGCAGCGUCUUCAAGGUCUUCGUGGACCUGAAGAUCCACGGCCAGGAGCGGCUCCGGUGGCUCGACGCGUGGGCGACGCUCGACAGGGACGCGUCGAACUCGGUCGACUUUUCGGAGUUCGCCGAGUACUUCGCGCUGCCGCCCAGCGCCUACAGCCGGCGCUUCUUCGACACCUUCAACGAGGACCAGAACGGCGCCACCUGGGCGACGUGCGCCGUCGACAAGACGUGCUGCGAGACGCUGAGCUUUCGGUUGCUCUGCCGCCAGGCGCACUGGGACGAGCGGGUGUCCGUGCUCGACAUCAAGGACCUGGAGCACUUCAUCCACCACCGCUACAAGUUCCGCCGGACGAACGCGAAGAAGAAGGCGUUCCAGGUCUUCUCCUUCGUCGACGCCGACGGCUCCGGCGGCAUCGACUUCCGCGAGUUCCAGAAGUUCAGCGACGACAACGCCGUCUUCCUCGGCCUCGGCCACGGCUACCAGCGCAAGAUGCGCGACAAGCUCUUCGGCCACGACUACUGGGCGAAGCAGACGGGCAAGCGCAAGUCGCUCUACGCGCUCGACCGCGACUUCCACGCGAAGAUGGACGCGUACUACGCCGCGCGCUACGACGCGACCAAGGCGCCGUCCUUCUGGGACGACUUCCCCGAGGUCUACGAGCGGUGCUGCGAGCUGCUGCGCGCCGAGGCGAAGAAGGCGGCGACGCUCGAGACGCUGCACGUGUCCAUGCGCGCGAACCUGCACCGGAGGAUGAUCGCGGCGCUGGAGAACCUGACCGUGGACUCGACGACGCUGCGCGGGUCCUUCUACAAGUGGAAGCAGCGCGCGCGCCUCGCGACGAAGAUGCGCGCGGCCGUCGACGACAUGACGGGCGCGAACGACGACGCGAAGCCGCUCGACGAGUCCGUGCACCUCGCCAUCGUCCAGGCGUCGGACCGGUCGACGCCGACGCACGAGAUGAUCCUGGACCUGCGGGCGAAGAACCUGCGCGAGUCCGCCCGGAAGCUCUCGCGGAAGCAGGCGCUCGCGCGCGCGGACGCGGGCGCGUCCGCGCGCCUCGUCCACGUCUCGCCGCCGAAAACGCGCGUCAUCGCCGCGCCCGGCGUCUCGAGCGACGGCUCCGGCGGCGCCGCGGCCGCGACGGGGUCGAAGCGCCAGGCCCAGAAGGACAUGCGGCCGCCGUGGUACGCGGCCAUGUCCGCGGGCGCGUCCGCGGCGGGGCUCACGCGCGCCGCGGACUUCAUCAGCAUCAGGUCCUUGAGCGAGAUGCGCGCGCGCGUCGCCAUGGCCAUGGCCCGCGUCAUCAUCAUGGACGAGCCCCGCUGCGUCGCCAUCAGCGCGACCUCGCGGACGAGCUGGACCAUCGUCGGGCCGCCCUGGUCGAAGCCGCAGUCGCCGUCGCCCGUGCCGCACCCGUCGGACUGGGCGUCCUGCUGGCGGCUCAGGAGCAUGCUCGCCGUCUUCUCGCCGAGCUUGCCCCGGCGCUUGCCCCUCCGGCUCGGCGCCGACUCGACGCAGGCGAGGCCCAGGCGCACGCAGCGCGAGCAGGACGGCUUCGCGUUGUCGCACUUGACCUUGGACCGCGCGCAGGCGACGCAGGGCCGCUGCUUCUUCGGCGGGGGUGGAGCCGGCGCAGUAUCGGAUUCCUUCAUGUCCUCCGGCGCCGCCGCGAUGAUGACGCCGAACAACAAGGAGAACGCCAAGGCGAACAUCCUGGCCAUGUUCGACGAGGACUCGAGCGUCGACGGCGACUCCCCGAAAUCGGCGCUGCGCGCCAAGACCCCCAAGACGCCCGGCAGCGCCAAGCCGCGCACGCCGGGGUCGAAGCCCUGCAGCGAUGACAUCGUCGCCAUCACGGACUUCGACGUCGCCGCGUCGCCGGCGCCGGAGAAGGUGCCCGCGGCGCCCGUCGCCGUCGUCUCGGCCGAGCGGCCGACGCCCGAGCGGCCCGAGCGGCCGACGCCCGAGCGGCCCGAGCGGCCGACGCCCGAGCGGCGGAGCCUCCUCGCGAGCAAGGACGAGCUCGUGGUGACGGAGGUCAUCAUGGAGGAGCCCGCCUCGCCCGACGCGCCGUCGUCGCCGCUGCCCGCGCCGCCGCGCCUCGCGCCGAUGCCCGCGGCGACGACGCCGCCGCCGCCCGCGGCCCUGGCCGACGAGCUCUCGAGCUCGUCGUCGCGCGGCACGCGCGCGGCCCUCGCGGCGCUCUCGCCCCAGGCUCCGAAUUUCGACGCGGCGACAAAGGAGGUCGCGACCGCGGCCGUCGCCUCCGAACCGCCGAAGAAGGGCAGCCCGUCGCCGUCGAAGAAGGGCCGCGGCUGGAAGCUCUCCUUCCCGCGCUUCUCCCGCAAGGCUCCGGAGGAGACUGUCCCGCCGCCCGUCGAGGUGUCGGUGGUGGAGACGUCCGCGCCGGGCAACCGGACGCCCGCGCGACGAAGCGCGGCGGCAAGGCGCGGGUGGUGCAGGUGA